AGCUGAAGGCAGAAGAGUUUGAAAACAAGAUUUGACGCAUUUGCGAUACCACAGUACAGCGCUCUUGUGAAGUAAUUUCCACGUUAUGCAAUAUUCUGUACACUGGUGGGAAACUGUGAGAUAGACGCCACAGGAGAAGGUAUAUGAGUGAAGGGCUUCAUGUUGCAUUACAGAAUGGAAGGCUGUGUUAUUUCACCUUUGUCAGAAGAAUUAAUUCCGUAUGAUCCAGAUGCUCGGCCGAUAUAUGACUUCUACCCGUAUCUCAGUACUGACCCUCAGACUCAUCCUGAAAGUGGAUGGGACUACACAAGUGUUCAUGGUCAUCACAGUGAAUUUGAGCCGCCUCAAGGAAACCAUUUCACUGAGCUGCAUCCCAGCACAUACCGCUACGGAGACGUGGAGUCCUUCCAUCCAGCCGUAGAUUCAGGGAUGGGGACACUUUUACCUGUCCUUCCUCCACAGUAUACUUACAUCCCCCACCCACUGUACCAGCGGUCCCCCGUCCCCCACUGCAGUACUGAUGAUGAGGACCCCGGGGGACGCAGUCCACCCUUUGAGGUGUCCGAGGGUGAGGAGGACAAGGACAGACAUCCAGGCAUCUCCAGCUCAGGAAACAAGCGGAAAGUGCGUCUCUAUCAGUUCCUCCUGGACCUCCUGCAGGACGGAGACAUGCGGGACUGCAUCUGGUGGGUGGACCGAGAGCGAGGCGUCUUUCAGUUCUCCUCCAAACACAAGGAGACCCUCGCCGGCCGCUGGGGCCAGCAGAAGGGCAACCGCAAGAGAAUGACCUACCAGAAGAUGGCCAGGGCCCUGCGCAACUACAGCAAGACCGGCGAAUAG